CUCGACUUCUGCUUUCUUUGUUCUUAUCAUCAUCACCACCAUUACACCGACGCCAUCGCCAUCGCCAUCACCAUGAUCUUCAAGAGUACUCUCGUCUACUGCAUCGCUGCUGUCACCCUUGCGGUCUCUGCUCAAGCUGCACCAACUGUGACCAACAGAGUCUACUUUGACAUUGAGCAAGGCAACAAGCCCCUCGGCCGCAUCGUCAUUGGUCUCUUCGGCAACGAUGUUCCCAAGACCGCCAAAAACUUUCUCGAACUGUCCAAGGGCAGCAAGGGAUUUGGAUACCAGGGAUCCUCGUUCCACCGUGUCAUCGAGGAUUUCAUGAUUCAAGGAGGUGACUUUACUAACGGCGAUGGUACUGGAGGAAAGUCCAUCUACGGCAACAAAUUCGAAGACGAGAAUUUUAAUUUGAAGCAUACUGGUCCUGGAAUUGUUUCCAUGGCCAACGCCGGAGAGGACACCAAUGGGUCCCAGUUCUUCAUCACCACUGUCAAGACCGAUUGGUUGGACGGACGCCAUGUUGUCUUUGGCGAGGUGGUCGAGGGUAUGGAUGUGGUCUCCAAGAUCGAGAAUACUGACACCGACCGCGCGGAUCGACCCAAGGUCCCAAUCACGAUCGCCCGUUCGGGCGAGCUGCGUGAUGAGCUGUAAGGUUCACAGCAAUGUAAUGCGCAAAGAAUGAUGUACAGAGAAGAAACUCGAGCGAGCGAGCACGCUGAGGGCACCUUUCUAACUACGGCACUCUUCCUUGUCUCUUUCUCUCUGUCUCUCUAUCCCUCCUCGAAUCUCAAUAUCUAGCUAUUAAGCAGGGUCCACGAUUU